GCUAUCUAUUCCAUUCUGUGCCAUCUUUGAAAAAGAAGAAAGAAAGAAAGCACCAGGCACAUGCCACAGCAAAGUGCGUGGCCAAUUCUGAUUUUUAUUUUAUUUUGUUGUUUUAAUUCCUCCUCGUCUUCCUGAACAAGCGAGGAACCAUGCUGACAAGUAGGACAAGCCUACCGUGUUCAGCAGUCAGUCCCAAGGUCUCCUUUCCCCUGGGUCCCUUCCCAAGACACAUCUGGAUCCAUCAUAACACACCCCAGGACAGUCUGGAUAAAGCUUGCCAUGAGAUCUGGAAAAGAGUUCAAGGCCUCCCCGAAGAACUCCAGCCAAGGUCCUCCUCUCCAGUUCUCCAGCUAAGCUGUCACCCCGUCCCAUCUUCUGAGGCUCUCCAAGAAGAUGGCAGUGGGACCAGCAGCAGUUCUCAAAAGGAACCUCUGGAAACCAGUAUUUGUAAAGAUGAAAUAUCUCUGCUAGUUGAGCAAGAAUAUUUGAGCCUCGCCCAGGAGAAUGCAAUGGAACUAGAGACACAGACAUCUGAGGCUGACAAGAUACCCUCAGGUGGUCCAUGUAAGCACCCCAUAAACAACAAUACUGUCACCGUACCUUCUGAUGGAGAUCAGACAUCGGAAGAGAAAGACACAAUGGAAAAGGGCUACCAAGCACUCACUGGAAACAGGAAGGAAGUGAAGCCGAGACCUGCCUGUGAUGUCCACUCGUCUACCAAGUCCACCGUCACAGGUAUCUUGCUCCCUGCAAAACUUAUCUACCAGAAUGCCAAAAGUACCGAAGGUGGAAAUGGCGCCCCAAUGGGCUCAAAUACUCAGAUCGCUAAACUCUUGGCGCAGCUCCCGCUCAAACGGGUUGAGGCUGUGAAAAUGCUGGACAGCAAGAUGGUUAUGGAAGAAACCAAGCUGAUCAAAGACCUGCUGCAGAACAAUGUGUUUGGACCUGCCCCUCACAAAGAGAGCAUCACGCGGGCGCCCAUAAGCAUGACAGAAAGCCAAGGAUUGAGCAACAAAAAGCAGCUGCCGGUGUUUGCCAAGAUCUGCUCGAAAAGCGAACCUGAGUUGGUUGCUGAUGGGUUCUGUCAGAAUCAUGCAUCCUCAGCAGCCAUUGAUAAGAACAACCUUAAAUACAGUGGAAAUGUGUUCACGCCACGUUUCCCCACAGCAUCAACCGGCACAUCAUUAAAGCAGCCACUGUGGCUUAGCCUAAACUAUCCUCCACCUCCUGUUUUUCCAAAUCAUUCAAACUUUCCUCAGUACCAGAGUUUGUAUCAGCAAAGGACACGGAUACCCUUCCAGCAGGCUUUACAUCCUCAGCUAGGAUGCUAUUCCAGACAGGUGGCUCCUUACAAUCCACAGCAAAUCUUCCGCUCCUCCUAUACUCCUGUGCUCAGCUACAUCCCACUGGUUCAACCUGGUUACUCGUAUCAGCAAAGGAACCCAACCAAACCAUCCAACAGCGUACGGGAUCCUCCGGCAAUGGCAGGCGAUGGGCCCCAGUACCCAUUUUCCCCUUCCUAUGGCUUUACGUCUACUACAGCAGGACCAGUCAGGACCAAUCCAUAUUUCUCUUCCAAUGGAGGUGGCAACGGUUUUUAAGAUCCGCUGGGAGUCUCUCUUUUUUUUUCCUUACGUCUUUGGCGAUUUGAACAUUUCGGGAAGGGUUAAAAACUUUGCUGAAUGUUUUGCCCUGAUUCGAGGAAUCCAAAAGAGCAGAAUUUUGUUUAGAAGGAAUGGAGGGAACAUUUGAGGACUUUAAAAACGGUGUACUUUUUUUUUAUGAGACAGAGAGAAAGAUAAUAAAAAAGAGGUUUAUUUAUGAUGAAUACCUGUGCUGCUUAAAAUUGAAUUUUACUGUAAUAAAAAA